AUGGCGACAGCGAUUCCAGCGGAGCAACUCUAUGCUAGGUCUUUCUGGUCCGUGGACUCCUCUCCCCAGGAGGUGUUGAUGCUCCAGAAUGAAAAGGCCACAAAAACUCUGAACUCCCUGUCCUCCUUCUACAAAGAGUUCAUGCACCUAGAGAACGACUACUCACGAAGAUUCAACACCUUGCUCAACCGUCUCGAGCUCCCCAAACACGAAAACGCAGGGACACUCAAAACAAGCAUCAAUGUUUUCCAGGACCAGUGUCUGAGAGUUUCAGAAUCACACUCUUUGCAGGCCAGAAGGAUACAGGAUGCGCUUCAACAACCGCUGCUGGAGCUGGUCAGCGAUAGGAAAGCAAGAGAAAAGGUGGUGGAGACGAAAAUCAGACAGUCGUGGAACGAGUUGACAGAGCUGAGAAACAAGUGUGGAUCGAAAAGUGACAAAUACGAAGACCUGUGGUCGUCGAUGAGCUCGUUGAAAAGGACAAGAAUGACGCUAGAUAACAUCGAGGCGGAGAAACUCGAGCAAAAGCUCUCAGCAAUGAAAACAAAAAUGUUGAUAAUAAGAGAGGAAAACUGGGAAUUGGUGAACAAAUACAACGAAAAACUGGACGCCUGGCUCACGCUAUGGUGGGAUACCUGUAACGAAUGGCAAGCUGCAGAGGAAAAACGAAUAAGGUUCCUCAAAUCCAACCUGUGGGAGUUUGCAAACAUUCUCAGCUUGUUUUGUGUCGAAGAGGACCAGUUCGCUGAAAAUAUAAGAGUCUCCUUACAGGACUGUAGUGCACGGAAAGACAUCAACUAUUUUGUGGAUGAAAAUUCUACUGGGCAUGAAUUAUUGGCUCCAUUGAAAUUCGUGGACUUUGCCAAAAACGAAACAAGACCUGUCCAUGAGCAGAUUUCCAAAAAAUUUGAUAUUCUAGAGAUACCAAGUAUACGUGAGAAGGUGACGGAAGAGAAAGAAAUACGACAAAAGAGAAGAAACCCACCUCCAAAAUCCACCGAACAAGGGGAAACGGCGUUUUCUUUCAUAGGAAAAUCAAAGGAAACGUUCAACAAACUGCAGGAGGAAGCCCAGAAGGAAGUGUCGCAGAUGAAAAUAAAUAAGCCCGACCCAAAUGAUGCCAAAUCGAUAUCCGAACCAAGUACGUACCAGACAAUGUCAGACUACUCGAAUCCUACUACCCGAACCAGUAUAUCAUCUCAUAGCUUCACGGAUAGUUUGAAUGACCAGAUUCUGCAUUACAAGAAGAUUAACAGUGACAGUAAUAAGGACAAGGAUGACAAUUAUGAGCUUGGUGGUCUGAAAGAUGAUAAUAACCCAAUAAGAAAUGCGUUGAUUAAUUUGAGAAAUGAGGACAAAAUGCGGGAAUCGAUGUCUCCAUUAAAGGAAGACGCCACGAAAAAGGAAAAGUAUCUACGUGAAUCCAUGUCUCCUGCAAAGCAGAAUAGCACGAAAAAGGACAAGCAUAAUUCCUUUGCCAAUAUUAUGAAAAAUGCUUUCAACGAGUCUCCAGGUAUGGAUAUGGCCAGUAAGAACAGUAAAAAGUUUGAGUUUAGACAACUUCUUCCAAACACUGCAACGGGGCAGAGGCAUCUUGACACUGAAACCAGUACUAAUGAUAAUAACCAGACUGACGCAAUGAGAAUUAUCAGCCACAACUCGUUGAUGAUCAAGAACCAGAAGAACUCGCUACUGAGGCCAUCUCAAAGACAGAUAUCUAGUAGCAUGAGGAAAUCGAAGUCGCAAAUGAAUCUGAAAAAUAGACACAUAAGCCUGAGUGAGCUACCAUCCCAUUCAUCUGAAGGAUACCCUGUGAUAAGUUACACCAAGGCACAAUACAACUACACCGCAGCAAUAGAGGAGGAACUUUCAUUCAAGAAGAGAGAUAUUCUUUUAGUGCUACACAAACAAUCCGACGGUUGGUGGUUUGCGGAGAAUCUCAAUUCAAGCGAUUCAGGAUUGGUUCCAAGUAACUAUUUAGUGGAAAUAUAG